AUGACAGAAGAAGAGCGGAAAGAAGAAGGCACAGCCCCUUCGAGAAAGGAAUCACAUCAAGAACAUGGAGGCAACCAACGAACAACAACAACGCCUACUGGAGAGAGUCAACCACGACGUUGCCUAGACUUCUUGCCAAGAAAAGGCCACAUGGAAAAGUCAGAAUCUCUGGCGCCAAAGGCGGUACAGUAUCCAGCCGAAGAAACCAGGACUGCUAUUCUAAAUAGUAGUACAGUCCAAGGUAACGUAUCCAACGAGAAAUCCUCUCCCGCUGCUACAUCCUCUCGUGCCACUACAUCUGCCACCCGAUCUCGCCAUCGUGAUAAUUACAACCCACAACAAGCCAAGGGUACCAGCCAGCAGCAAGAGGAUAUCAUGAAUAUUGUGGCAGACCAAGCCAGUGUGGCCGUCUCAGAUCUGCCACUGAAAGGAAAGACGAGCCAUACACAACAAGAUGAGCACAAUCUUUUGCAAAUGGCAACAGAAAUCAACGAGGCAGCCAAGUUGGAAAAGUUUAGUCACAACAGGUCUGCAGAUAGUGGCCGUGCUCUCAUGCAAAUGGCUACAGAAAUCAAUGAGGCGGCCAAGUUGGAAAAGUUCAGUCACAACAAGUCUGCCGAUAGUGACCACUCCCUCAUGCAAAUGGCAACAGAAAUCAAUGAGGCGGCCAAGUUGGAAAAGUUCAGCCACAACAAGUCUGCUGAUAAUGGCCACUCUCUCAUGCAAAUGGCAACAGAAAUCAAUGAGGCGGCUAAACUGGAAAAGAUCAGCAGCAGCAGCAGCAGGCCCACUGAGAGUGGAGUCAACUCUCCCGAUACCAGAGCAGGGCAGCUAGUAUCCGGAACUUGCCAAGGGACUCCACACCUUCCUUGUCCAGGGGCAUAUAUGGGAACACCAGGAGAAGCGUUGCAGCGGACCAACAACCUUCGAUUUUCCCUCCUUGGUGCUCCUGCACCCAACACAGAUGAUAAUGAAGAACUGCAGAUAGCUCAGGGUCAAACAGAUUCUAUGCCACAGGUGUCGCCAAACAACAGCAAUGAUGCUAGAGAUGGUCGGGAGCUAGCAGUGGCAAAUCUUGUUGUGGAGGAUUCUGAGGAUUUCGAGCUCCAAAUGAGACCACCGGCAAGUCUUGUGGAUUUGCAGACGGUUGAGGAAAACCAGCGAAACAGGAAGAGACAGAGCCAGCUGUUCGUUUUGUUUCUGGCCAUGUUGUGCAUAGUGGCAGCCAUUAUUGUUGGCACAGUUGCUGGAACGAGAAAAGGAAAGAAUCCCGUCACUACAAGCAGCAUCCGAACGGCUACACCAACAGCCUUUGGUUCUUUGGAACCUUCUGGAGAUCCUUCCUCAGCCCCAACUGGAGUUCUGGAUUUCAUACUGGAAGAUUUGCCAAAUUACACUUUGGAGAGCUUGCAAACUUUUGGGACACCCCAGUGGCGAGCAAGGGACUGGCUGUUGGAUCACCAAAACAUCACCCAGUUGCCAGAAUGGAGGAAGACACAACUCUUUGCUCUGGCAUGCUUCUACUACUCCUUUGAGGGAGAAAAUUGGAUUGAACCAAUAAGGGAAAGGUGGAUGGAUCCAAGAAAGGACGAGUGUCUGUGGUUCUCCAGCGGGUUUUCCCAUUUUAUCAAUGGUGUCUACGCAGAAUAUUCUUCUUCCAUUGCAACUCCUUCGUGCAAUCACCUUGGAGAAUACACUAGUCUUUGGGUUGAAGAUCUCCACCUUUCUGGUCUUACCCCAGUUGUUCCAUCCGAACUAAAUCUUUUGACGUCCUUAUCUCGUCUUGGGCUGGGAUGGAACAAGAUUUCUGCAUCAAUCCAUGCUUUGCUCCCAAAUGAAGUUUACGAAAUGACUGCCUUGACAUGGCUGAACCUGAAAAGCAAUCAGUUGUCCGGUGGAAUGCCUACAGAGGUCGGACUUUUGACAGCUUUGGAAAGGCUGAAUUUAGAGCUCAAUCAUCUCUCUGGCCAGAUCCCCUCAGAGCUUGGGCUCUUGACUGCCCUCACAAGUCUAGUGCUCUACAACAAUGAUUUAGCUGCACAGAUUCCAUCAGAGCUAGGACAGCUGCUGGGAUUGAAUCAGAUUAGAUUGCAGUGGAACCAAAUCACAGGCCAGGUCCCAACAGAGCUUGGGCUGUUGACUGCUUUGACUUGGUUGUGGUUGGCUACUAAUGAAUUAACGGGCCAAGUUGCUCCAGAGCUAGCACUCUUGACUACGUUGGAUGUCCUGUGGUUGGAUACAAAUCUGUUGACAGGACAGAUUGCUACAGAAUUUGGAACCGUGGCCAAUCUAACUGUCUUCGCUGCGGCCACAAAUCUCAUAACAGGUCCAAUUCCAUCGGAGCUUGCCUUGGUGCCUUUGAAAGAGUUUCGGUUGGAUGCCAAUGAGAUGUCUGGCCAAGUUCCUGCUGAGAUCUGGUCACUGACAAGCUUGGAAUAUCUACAACUGCCGUCAAACCUCUUGACAGGUUCCUUGCCAACUGAGAUUGGUUUGUUGUCAUCAUUGGUCGAGCUGGACCUUUCUGGAAAUCGCUUUACUGGGGCAAUCCCCAAUGAAGUUGGCUCGAUGGCAUCCUUGCAAAAGCUCUAUCUUGACAACAAUAGUUUGACUGGAACCCUUCCUCAGCAUCUCAAUGAAUCAGUGGGGCUGAGACUGGAUGGAAAUCAGUUUUCAGGAACUGUCCCAGAGCACCUUUGUUCUGCACUGUGGUGUGACUGCACAGCAAAUGUGACCCAGGUGUCUACCUGUGCUGACCUAUACGAGAGUGCAACUUUUCCAGGAAGGUUCCCGCCAAUGAUUGCUGAUGGAGGUGGUGAGAACAUAGUGCUCAACAUUGAAUCAGACCAAUUCCCGUUGGAGACAGAUUGGGUCUGGCAACAAGAAUCUAAUGUGACAGGUGAAUGGGAAACUUUGCAAGAGUCCGCUGGAGCAAUUCAGACUCCAUUCUUCUUGUACUCUUUCAUGCUUUCUAUUGCACCAGAUGCAACCUACAGACUGUUGGUUUCAGACAGCUAUGGAGAUGGCUUGUUUGGCUCUGGAUGGGUCACCCUGACAGCAUCCAAUCAAACAGUUUUGUAUUCUUUUACCGACACUCCGUUUACAGAAAUUUCAGUUGUCCUUUUGAUUGGAAUAGAUGGUUUCCCGGAGAAAAUCACACCCAGUGUGUACUGUGACCCUUUGUAUGAUUUCUGUUGA